GCGCUGGUUCUGUCGGCCCGUGGCUGCUCGGUGAAGUGGAGCGAGGUAAACCAGUCCAGCUCCCCGUUCCGGCAGGCUGUCAGAUAGUUCGGAGUCUGGUUUUUGUGUGUAAAAUGGAUGUUGAUAUUUUUUUGGGCUGGGUUGUCUUUGCCUUUUGGCGAGAUCCUGUUAGUAGAUCGGUUAGCAGCGGGUGCCUAGUCCUUAGGCCUUCCUGGGCGGUGUUUCAUUUUUCCUUGUAUCGCGAGUGAGCGUUCAGUAAGAGAGUUCGGAUGCUUGUGGCAUGGGGUGAAUCAUUUGCUCUGUAUAUAUGUCUGUUGAGUUAACACCAGAGACUUUUUUUUCCCUUUUUCUUCCAAGAAGAAAGUACAUCUCCCGAGCAGACCUGGUCGUCUCGUGUAGGGAUGCGGUAGUGCCCGCGGGGUGCCUUCUGGGUCUUUGCAUCCCUGCUCUUAGGGGCCUGUUACGUGUGAGCGGAACGAAAAUGCCGCGUAACGACUUGAGCUCGGUUUUUAAAAUUUUUCAUGGAAAAUCUAAUGAGUGUAGACAGUAUUGUAAGACAGCGAUUUUGAAACGUUCUUUGUGGGGAAAAAAGCCAUAAAGUUUUUAUCGCUUUAACAAAACAUAAGUUUGUUGGCCUCGCACAAUUUUUGUCUGUUUCUGAGCGCUGCAGGUUAACCUCAACAAAUUAAUGUUUAGCCUUUGAGAUUUUGUAAGGGGAAAAUUGUACAACAUGUGAAUUGUUUGGGGCAGACAGUGUCCUGGUUUUUAAUAUUAAACCAUAUUGUCAGAAACCUGAAUGUGAGCAUUUUAUUGACAACAUGGUGACUUCAGGGUUCAAACUUGAUGUAUUAUAGUGGAUUUGAGGUACACCAGGGGUUGGAAAAACCACACUAGGCAAAGAACUUGCAUCAAGAUCGGGACUGAAAUACAUUAAUGUGGGUGAUUUAGCUCGAGAAGUCUGAUCACCGGAUAUCAUGGAGUCUGGCAAGAUGGCUUCUCCCAAGAGCAUGCCGAAAGAUGCACAGAUGAUGGCACAAAUCCUGAAGGAUAUGGGGAUUACAGAAUAUGAGCCGAGAGUUAUAAAUCAGAUGUUGGAGUUUGCCUUCCGAUAUGUGACCACAAUUCUAGAUGAUGCAAAAAUUUAUUCAAGCCAUGCUAAGAAAGCUACUGUUGAUGCAGAUGAUGUGCGAUUGGCAAUCCAGUGUCGUGCUGACCAGUCUUUUACCUCUCCUCCCCCAAGAGAUUUUUUAUUAGAUAUUGCAAGGCAAAGAAAUCAAACCCCGUUGCCAUUGAUCAAGCCAUAUUCAGGUCCUAGAUUGCCACCUGAUAGAUAUUGUUUGACUGCUCCAAACUAUAGACUUAAGUCUUUACAAAAAAAGGCAUCUACUUCUGCAGGAAGAAUAACAGUUCCACGGUUAAGUGUUGGUUCAGUUACCAGCAGACCAAGUACUCCCACACUUGGCACACCAACCCCACAAACCAUGUCAGUUUCAACUAAAGUAGGGACUCCAAUGUCCCUCACAGGGCAAAGGUUUACAGUACAGAUGCCCACUUCACAGUCCCCAGCUGUAAAAGCAUCAAUUCCUGCAACAUCAGCAGUUCAGAAUGUUCUGAUUAACCCAUCAUUGAUUGGGUCCAAAAACAUUCUUAUCACCACUAACAUGGUGUCAUCACAAAAUACUGCCAGUGAAUCAUCAAAUGCAAUGAAAAGAAAACGUGAAGAUGAUGAUGAUGACGAUGACGAUGACGAUGACUAUGAUAAUUUGUAAUUAGUCUUGAUGCAUGUAACAUGUAUACUUGAUCUUGAAUCCGCUGUACUGAGAUUAAACAUGCAUGCCAGAUGUUUUCAAGUUGUGUUUUAGAAAACAUAAUAGUAUUUAAUGAGUAAAUACAGUUACCAUAGUUUUUAAUUGAGAUGUUGUAUUUUCUUUAAUAGAAUUUAUAAUGGAUUUUCAUUAGCCUUUAAGUGUAAGAAAUAAAGUUGUCAUCAAUUUGA